AUGGGAAAUAUAGUAGAAUCGUUAAAAAAGCAUGUACUGAAUCGUCGUGCACAAGAUUAUGAUGAAUUUCUUUCGAAAUUGGAUCAUCCAGAGCGUGUUUCUCCAGAUAAUCAUAUCAAAUUGACACUAAGUCCAACAACAACAUUCGAGGCAAAAGCAACAACAACAAAAGCAGUAGCAAUAUCUAGCACAUGCAGUGAAUUUUAUUUAGCAUGUCGAAAUAACCAAAUUGAUAAGGUUGAAAAAUUACUUUCAACAAUGACACUUGAUGAAAUAGAUAGACUAGAACCGAAUAAUAGUACAGCAUUACAUGCUGCAAGUUAUCAUGGUCACAAAAGAAUCGUUCAAAUGCUACUGGAAGCUGGAGCUGAUAGAGCAAUACAAAAUAAAUUCGGAUGUUUACCAUUCGAUGAAGCAUUGAAUGAUAAUGUCAAAGAAUUAUUCUUUCGUGUACCAAAUAGUAAUCGAUUGGUAGGAAACACUGGUGCGAUUGAAUGGGAAUUAAUCGAUGACGAUGUACUAGAGAAAGCGGCUGAAGAGAAAAACAUAAUCGAGACUCUAUAUAAUAGCUUUAUUGGAAGUGAUUCUGUUUAUAAAAUGUUUGAAAGAAUCGAAAAGUAUUAUAUUGACAAUGGUCUAGCUAAUAUUAAUGGAUUUCAAACUAUAAAACGUUUUUUUCAAAAAGCUACAAAAGAACAAGAUCCACGAUGGAUAAUCAAAGCUUAUACAGCUGAAACUGACUUCUAUACUACAUUGAACGCUGAGAUAGCAGGAGGUGCAGGUCAGUAUCAAAGUGAACGAAGAUAUAUUAUAGCAUUACUUUCUCGGCAUCCUAUCUUGGAUAAUUAUACAUUUAUUGGUCCUGCUUAUCGAGUAAUGCGACAGAACAUUGAUGAUCUCAAAAAGUAUGCAGUUAAUUCUUGCUUAAUGACGAAAUCAUUUUUGUCUUCAUCAAUUGAUCGAAAAGUUGCCGAAUUAUUUUUAAUUCGACAAGAAGAAGUAAGGGAACAAGCUGGUACAAAAUCUCGUCAUAAAGCCGAUGGAAAAGUGAUUAAAUCAUGGGUGAUGUGUAUAUAUCAGAUUAAACGUAAACGAACUGCUUUACAUAUUGAAAAUUCUUCUCAAUAUGCUAAUGAUGGAGAAAUAUUAAUUAUGCCUUAUACUGUAUUUCAAGUUAGAAAUAUAUCGAAGUUUAAAGCUGAAUUUUUGCCGGAUAAACCACAAAUGACUCAAAUUGAAUUGGAAGAAUACAAUCAAUAA